CAGCUUUUUAGUUGUAUUAUUGCUGAAAUUAAAGCUCGUAUUCAAACAGAUAUUACCUCCAAGAUCUCCGCUUCGAUCUUUCAAAAAGUAAAGGCCAAUCUGAGUAUCAAGGCAUCAGUGUUUGGUGGCGUAAUUAAAAUAGAGGAUGCAGAAGUGGAAGCAAUACAGACAGCUGUCGUAGACGGACUCCAGACAAAGAUAACACAAACAGUGGAUGAAAAGUUUGAAAAAGUCAUUUCAGACUCGAUUUCUCCUCAAAUAGAUGCCAUGUUGCCAUCCCAAAAAGUAUUGACGACAAACCAGCUUACCAAUGUAUUGAUGAAAGCAGAAACCAUUGUUCGUUCAGAGAUAAAUGUCACGUUACCCGAAAUUGAAAAAACCUUAAAGUCGUCCGUGAAUACACAGCUCAAGGCCCAUAUUAAGGAUGUCGAGGUAGAUAUCCCAGGCGUAUUAAAAAUACAGAUCAGUGCAAAAAUAAAUAUCGUGUCGUCAGUGAAAACAGUUGUAACAUCAAUCUACAAAUCAUAU